GUUGAAAUCAGCUGUUGACAUUACACAAACAUUUCUCACAAGAAGAAGCAAAGUAAUUGCAAUUUAAUUAAUAAUUGUGACAAAAAAUGUCUUUUUUAAGAGCAUUUACACGUUUGUCAUUGGAUACUCCGCGACGUUUGCUUCAUACAACACCUGUGCUGUGUGCGGAGCCGCUUAAAAAGAAGAAAAAGGUAGACCCCGCCGUUGUGAAAGCGCGUGAGGAACGUCGAAGAAAACGUUUGGAAAAGCAAAUAAGACGCCUCGAAAAAAAUGCCCGACAAUUAAAACCCGUAGAUGAAUUAGAAGUACCAAUGGACCUUAUAGAGGAAAAGCCUAAACGCCUACGCAAAUUACCCGCUAUAAGUGCUGAGGUAUUGGAACAGCGCGUAUUGCUAACAAAACAAUGGUCGCAAUACAAACACAAGGAAAAGGUUAACGACUACCAAAUAAUUGAUCGACUUCUACAAUCACAAAAUAAGGCCCUGGAAGAACUGAGGCUGGAAUCAGAAGACUUAUAUCAGGAGGCAAUACAAAUGGACUUACAACUUAUGCCAAUAACAGUGAAAGGACCAGUUGCAACACCGCCAAUUGAAGGUUAUGCCAGUCCGGAUGGUGAUUAUUUGCACGAUACCAAAAAAUGGAGUUAAGUGACGCUAGUACUUGUUUUAAUAAUUUCAAAUUGCAAAUCAAAGAUAAAAAAAUUAUUGUUGUAUAACGAAA